UAUAGAGAAAAAAAUAUUAUAAAUAAAAAGAAUACAUCUUGGCCGCCAAAUUUGUUGUGGCAGUAUAUAUUGUUUUUUCUCGGUUACUUGGGGCUUAAAUUAAGUCCAAUCAUAUCUGGUUACUUGUUAAUCAAGAAACCUCAUGAGGACUCCAUACUGUUCCAAAUCUUCCUAGCUUUAUUCUAUUUGAAAACUUUCAGUUAGGUUUCAUUUAUUCUCUCUGAUUUUUUAAAGCUUUUUCCGGCCGAGUUCCAGUCCUGCAAUGGCUUCCUCAAAGGUUGUUUCUAGGUUAUCGUCCCGAUCAUCACAAAGCCUCGGGCACAAUCUCAUCAAGACAUGGACGGACUCCUCCAAAUUCUCUUCACUCAAAUCGAGCUUUCACUCGGAGGCAUGCACUACAGUUCGACCUGUUGCUCCGACCUCAAGGUUAUCAGUAGAACUGAGCAGCAUAAGAUCAAUGAUGCCAUUACAAAGUUCUGCGGCUCUGGCACGAUGGAUAAGUUUUUGCAGUGACAGCAGGGAAUUAGUUCCUCAAGGCCCGCUAGUUUCACGCUCAUCUUCGGCUAAUCCUCCAAAACACUUCAGUAUGAAAGUAGAGUCGUUUUCGUUACUACAGAAAACAAUGGAUAGAUAUGAAUCAAAGGAGUUUGAGGCUGGAGGAUACAAGUGGAAACUAAUGCUGCAUCCCAAGGGUACUAGCACCCGUAGUGAUUAUCUUUCUCUGUUCUUGGUAUUGGAUAAUCCAGCUGUCCUUCCUCCUGGCUCUGAAGUAUUUGCAGAGUUUACAUUGCGAAUUCUAGAUCUGAACUGCGGCAAACAUCAUUCUCUUAAAAGUGAACAGUGGUUCAGUGCCUCGAGUUGGUCUUGGGGAUGGGAUGAGUUCCUUACACAGAAGGCCAAGUUUUUCAAGAAAGAUCAAUGCAUUGUGGAGGCAGAAAUCACUGUUAAAGGAAUUUCUAGUUAA